AUACAUUACCCACCACUCCACUAGGCUACCAAUGAACUCUGAAGCCCAUUUAUCAGCCCAAUAAACUCAAAACCCUAAAUAAUAAUAUAACCGCCACCGUCUUCCCUGUCCGGCUAGGGUUUGCUCCAAGUUGCAGGAUCUCGGCAACCGCAAACAAUGGGAAAAGGUACAGGAAGCUUCGGUAAAAGAAGAAACAAAACACACACACUGUGUGUCCGGUGUGGUCGCCGGAGCUUUCAUCUUCAAAAGAGCCGAUGCUCUGCUUGUGCUUAUCCUGCUGCUCGUGUACGGAAAUAUAAUUGGAGCGAGAAGGCGAUCCGGAGGAAGACAACCGGAACUGGUCGCAUGAGGUAUCUUCGUAAUGUGCCUCGCAGAUUCAAAAGCGGUUUCAGAGAAGGUACUCAAGCUGCUCCUCGAAAGAUAGCUGCAGCUGCUUCGUCUUAAAUUUCUGAUCAGAACCGCUAUUUUGGUACCAAUCAAGCUUAUUUUAUUUAGAUCAAUUCGUGUAUCGAACAUCAUUUGGCGCUUUUGAUUCUGUAGGAUCAUUGAACUUUGUUAUGAUUUUUUUUAUUAUGAUUUUGUGCAUCAUGAGUUCAUGACAUUUAAUUUAAAUUGUUUGCGAUAAUAAAAUUUUUAAUA